UGUGCCAGGAAUUGUGUGCCGGGGAUUGUGUGCCGGGGAGGGCAGGGUGAACCAUUUACUUAUGUCUUUACAUCCGCCAGACUCUAAUUAAUGUGCCACCUGUGUAUAUAGUGGGAGAGCUCUGUCCCACCAAUAGCAGAAUGGUUUUGGGGAUGGAUAUGUGGGGAGCGUGGAGUAUAAGGGCCCAUGUAGAAGAGUGUAGCCUGAAGGUUCCAACUCUUUACUGAAGUUGGGGAGCAGGGAGCCCAUGAAUUAGGUUUAGACCAUGGAUAGGAGGUGUGAGUUAGGGUGAGUAGUAAGAUCAGUUUAGGGUGAGUAGGAAGAGCAGUUUAGGGUGAGUAGGAAGAGCAGUUUAGGGUGAGUAGGAAGAGCAGUUUAGGUUGAGUAGGAAGAGCAGUUUAGGGUGAGUAGGAAAAGCAGUUUAGGGUGAGUAGGAAGAACAGUUUAGGCUGAGUUGGAAGAGCAGUUUAGGGUGAGUAGGAAGAGCAGUUUAGGCUGAGUAGGAAGAGCAUUUUACUGUGAAUAGGAAGAUCAGUUUAGGGUGAGUAGGAAGAGCAGUUUAGGGUGAGUAGGAAGAGCAGUUUAGGGUGAGUAGGAAGAUCAGUUUAGGGUGAGUAGGAAGAGCAGUUUAGGGUGAGUAGGAAGAACAGUUUAGGGUGAGUAGGAAGAGCAGUUUAGCUUCAGUAGGAAGAGCAGUUUAGGGUGAGUAGGAAAAGCAGUUUAGGGUGAGUAGGAAGAGCAGUUUAGGCUGAGUUGGAAGAGCAGUUUAGGGUGAGUAGGAAGAGCAGUUUAGGGUGAGUAGGAAGAGCAUUUUACUGUGAAUAGGAAGAUCAGUUUAGGGUGAGUAGGAAGAGCAGUUUAGGGUGAGUAGGAAGAGCAGUUUAGGGUGAGUAGGAAGAUCAGUUUAGGGUGAGUAGGAAGAGCAGUUUAGGGUGAGUAGGAAGAGCAGUUUAGGUUCAGUAGGAAGAGCAGUUUAGGGUGAGUAGGAAGAGCAGUUUAGGGUGAGUAGGAAGAACAGUUUAGGGUGAGUAGGAAGAACAGUUUAGGGUGAGUAGGAAGAGCAGUUUAGGUUCAGUAGGAAGAGCAGUUUAGGGUGAGUAGGAAGAGCAGUUUAGGGUGAGUAGGAAGAGCAGUUUAGGCUGAGUAGGAAGAGCAGUUUAGGGUGAGUAGGAAGAGCAGUUUAGGGUGAGUAGGAAGAUCAGUUUAGGGCGAGUAGGAAGAACAGUUUAGGGCGAGUAGGAAGAUCAGUUUAGGGUGAUUAGGAAGAUCAGUUUAGGGUGAGUAGGAAGAACAGUUUAGGGUGAGUAGGAAGAUAAGUUUAGGGUGAGUAGGAAGAGCAGUUUAGGGUGAGUAGGAAGAACAGUUUAGGGUGAGUAGGAAGAUCAGUUUAGGGUGAUUAGGAAGAUCAGUUUAGGGGGAGUAGGAAGAGCAGUUUAGGGUGAGUAGGAAGAGCAGUUUAGGGUGAGUAGGAAGAUCAGUUAGUGAUAAAGUGAGGAGAUCUAGUUGGGGCAGUUCCCCAGAUGGGGUUGAUGUACAGACCAAUUAAUUGCCCCACUCCUCUGUGUCUUCAGGUCACCAUGAGAUGCCACUUACGGACUACACUCCACAUCACCUUCUACGUUCACCUGAUAAUUUUCAUUUUGUUAGUAAUUUGGGAUCCUGGUAGGAAGAAACAUUUGAAUUCUCAAUCUGAAUUGGACUCCACAGUACCAUUACGCGUGAGGGGGUCAGUGACCCUUUUUGAUGGACUUUUCACUUACCAGCUCAACAUCUCCCAGUUCCAGUCUGAGUUCCCUCACCUGCAGAACUACAACUGUUCCAUCACCCUGGCACCAUGGGGGGUGCAGCACAUGAAGACAUCUGAGAAGCUUCUUCUCUUGGCCAUCAAAUCCCACCCAGGCUCGGGGGGGAGGAGAGAAGCCCUGAGACGGACGUGGGCCAGAGAGAGGCUGAUAAAUGGCUACAGGGUCAAACAUCUGUUCCUUUUGGCAAGUUCCCCGGUGCGUGGGCAGAUGGAACUGGUAAAGGUGGAGAACCAGGCGUUUGGGGACAUCCUACAGUGGGACUUUAAUGAAGAACAUCACAAUUUGUCCCUGAAAGAGCGAUGCCUCCUGGAGUGGCUCCAUCAUCAGCUCCAUCGUGUGACAUUUAUAUUCAAAGGGGAUGAUGAUGAAUAUGUGAAUCCUCAGGGAUUGGUGCGCUACAUUGGGGAACAUGGCUCCUCCCCCUACGUGCUCCAUGGGGCCCUGCAGCGCCACUCACUGGUAAUGCGGCGGCAUAUUAAAUAUAAGGUGUCACAUGCCUUGUUCCCCAAUUCCAAAUACCCCUUCUUCCUUUCUGGGGGGGGAUUCCUGAUCCCUGGGGGAGCAGUGUGGCCCCUCUAUGUGGCGUCUCAGACUCUGCCUGUUUUCCCAUUGGACGAUGUCUACUGUGGAUUCCUGGCACUGGCUGCCAAUCUCUCCUACCGACAUGAACCCCGAUUUCAUGUUUUCGGAUUGAAUUAUGACGUCUGCCAGUUUCAGGGAGCCCUGGUGGUGCACAGGGUGGGGCCCGAGACCCUCGUGAAGAUUUGGGAAGAGGUGCAACGUGCCACGUGCAGGGGGGCCCAGUGAUAGGCGAGGGGUGGGGGAGUUUUUCAACUGACUCGUAUGGACAAAUUCAUCAUCAUCUUUAUCUGUAUUGACAUUAAGCAGGCAGGGGACCAUGCGCCAGAUGCACCACAUUCCUUGUGUAUUUGCCUCAAUCACAGCACAUACAGCAGGGAUUUCAUAUGCCCCAGAUGCACCUUAUACAGACAGUCAUACACAAAUACAAAGCCAGGGUCAGGGCCCCAGAUUUC